UUUAAAUACCUGACUGCCAUUUUAUGGAAACACGUGACUGUCGCUGACACCUGUGCCUCUUCCGGCACAGCUGAUAUUCAAUCAGCUCGAUAGAGUGCGUUCAACAGUUCCGCUUUGAGUGAAUUUAAAAGCCGCGUAACCGUAAACCGCCGCGGAUCAUCGUCACGUAUCAGCACAUUGUGAUGUUCGCAGGUUCUAUUGUACAGUGAACUACGAGGUGAUCUGCUAUUGAUCGAGUACAAACGCGAGAAAAACGGCUUGCGAAGACACGUAAUGAGCCUGAACGACCGGGCGACGAAGGAAACAAAUCAAAAUGUGCGAUUUGAUAGAUUUAAACAGUCCAGACGUAAGAGGAGUGUCAGACUCGGCGAAACUGGCCUCGCCUCUAAUACCAGUGCCAAAAAAUGACGAAUGUAGUAGCGAAUCAAGCUCGUCGGCGACGGAGAAGCAUGAGAAUCUGGGUAACAAUCCAUUUGAUACAGUAUUGCAUGAGACCGCUGAGUAUAUCAGUAAAAAAGGCGAUCCCUUUGAAAUGAUGCUUCAACGAGCCAUGAAGUUCAAAAGCAGAAAAAAUACAGAGCACCUGAAAGCACAGUCUGUAGAAUUUAUGGAUGAUUUUACACCUAAACGUAAGAAAAGAUACCAGAAAAUGAUGAACAAGAGUUUAGAUGUAUUGGAUACAUCCUCAUUGGAAAACAAGCUGGGUCCAUUUAAUGGAAACAGAAAGGAACAUGAAGAAAGUGUCAAUAUGACAACAGCUGUCAUCUGUGAUAAUAAUGUAACAGAAAAUGCAUCCGUCCCUGAGAAAAAUCAUGAAAUAUUUGCUACCAGUCCAAGCUUGUUUGAAUUAUCACUUUUAGAUAUAUCUGCGAUGGAUGAUACAUUAUCAGAUACAUGUUUUAAUUCUAAAGCGAAUAGUGACAUAUCAUCGGAAAAUGCGUUGUUCAAAAAGUUUAUUUUUCCUUCAACUGCUUAUCUUAAGCCACCGAAUCUACAACAUUCAUUAUCACACAAAGUUGAAAGAUCACCGAUAAAAUUGGUAUGUUUGAGUAAGAGAUCAAAAUCUUUAACAGAUGGGCAGAAAAUUUUGCAAAGAGUAAGUGAUACAUCAUCGUGUUUGGACAGAGCUUUUGUGGAGAGUAAACUGUCUACUUUUUCUUCUUUAUCAAAUGUCUCAUCUAUAACAAAAUUGACUUCUACGUCAAUUUCAUCGUCAUUGUUGUCAAAUGACACUAUGAACCAUGCUUUUCUGGAUACUGAUUUGUUGGGAAGGACAAGUCAGAAAAAAAUUAAUACAACUGAAAAUUCUGAGGAAAUAAAAAUAAAACAGUGGGACUUAUCAGAUCUAGCAGAAAAACUGAAUAAAUUAAAAUGUGUUAUGAAUGAAACAAGCAAUGUCUCAAAUGCAACGGAAAAUAAAUCUAAUUCCAUGAAAGAGGAAAACAGACAAAUUACAAAUGAUAAAUUGAUAGAUGUCGAUGUAUUUAUCCCAGAACAAAAUAUCAAUAAAGAAUGUAAUAAGAGCUCAAUAUCAACUAGUUCCUCAGAUUCUAAUACUGAUAAAGCGCAUAAAUCGAUAAUAAAGGAGGCAAAAGUGCUUGCAAGGACUUUUGAGGAGUUAGCAUUAAAAACCGAUUCUAGCGCUAGUACAAAUGAUGACUUUAUUUCAAAUAAUACUUUGUGGAUGUCAGAAUUAUUACCGGCGUUUGAGGAUGAACCUGUAGUGGAUAAUUUAAUUGAACUACCAGUUUCGCCAGAAAAAAGCAUAGAAGAUAGUAAAAAUAAUAGUAAAAAACAGUCUUUCGUAAAUAUCGAUGAGAAUUCUCUGAAAGAAACAAGCUCGGAACUUUCUACUUCUAAUAUAAAACAAACAAUUGUAACUUCGUUAUUGUCAGAUCUCAAAAAAAUCGUUAAAACGGAAGAUAAUCCAGAAGCGAAUAAAUUAUUCAAUAAUCUGGAGAAAGCAUUGAAUGUUAAUUGUAAAAACAAUACAGAAUUAUUGAUGACGUAUCUCAAUAUAUCUAAUGAAUUGCAAAGUCCUCAAAAAACCCUGUCCGAAGAUGUCGAAAGAUCUGAAAAGACAAACACGGAUAAAAACGAGGAAAAAAAUGAAAAAAUAUCCGAUGAGAAUCUGUGUAAUAAUGAAAAAUUGCCGCUAGACAUAAAUAAAAAAUUUGGAAAUACAUCGGAAACUGCAACUGUCAGCGAUAAUAGUUCAUCAAUUAAGUCUUCAUCUUGCAAAGAUAAUAGUGAAAAUGAUCUCGAUAUAAAUUCAUCUAAAGAAAAUACAGGUUGUGCUGAGGAAGAAAAUAAUCAAACGGAUGAAAAGCUGGCAAUAGAAUUACUGAUGAGCCUUGGGAAAUUGUUGAGCGGUCAGACUGAGGACGUUACAACAAUGCAGUUAUUGAAAAAUAUAGGAAAAGCGUUAAAUGUCGUAUCAAAUAGUAGUAAAAUCGAAAGUGAAGUGCAAACCGAUCGCAAAAUACACAAUGUUCAACAAACAUCUGUAAAAGCUUCGGAAUCUGAUCGUACAUCACAUUCAACAAAAACAGCGCAUAGGCGAAGCUUGCAAUUAGAAUCAAAGUCUAAAUCGCUCGAAAAGACAAAUAGAAAAAGUACAUCUGGAAUUGAUUCACUGUCCAAGAGUACCUCUGGUAUGCCAAUACGCAAACAGAAGAAUACAUCCGAAUUGGACGACCGCAAGCGUUUGUCGAGCGACCCCAGUCAUCCAGUUAAUAAAAAGACCACGAUUUCAGAAGCAUGUAAUGUGAGAAAAGCGAAAGUGUCACAGCUUGAUACCAAGAAGGAAAAAUCUAUUGCUAUAAGUGACGUUAAGAACAAACUAAAGAAAAAGUCUGAAGUAAUCAACAAAAAGGGUCCUAUGAAGGCGGUGCAUCCUGUGGAUAGCAUGCAAAAGAAAAGAGCAUCAAUCGGGAGACAUACAUCGUCUUCUCAAAGCACUCCACCCAAAGUCAACAAGAGUACUUCUCGUAGUAAAAUAAUCAGCAGCACUCCGAAUUCAAUAGACAAUAAUUAUUACAUGCCUAAAAAGCCUACGAAAUCUAAACCGGUGGCUUCAUCGACACCAGAUGGUCACAAUAGCAAGACACUGGGCGCGCAAAUAAUGUCUACUAAUAAAAAACGUAAUAUUUCUUGCGAAAUUUCACCGGUGACUAUGCAUGCAAACACGAAUAGCAGUGAUGAACGGAAGGAUAGCCCAAAGAGAGUAUCCAAGUUGCCAACUCCAAAGAAAUGUACGACACCGAAUCGUCAGCAAGGCAUCCCGAGGUACUCCGCAUCGCCGAAACAUAAUUCGUCAUUCGGGGUAAGCCAUCAACGAUCUCCAAAACGUUUGAACAGGAGUUUGACAGAUUACCAGCGAUACUCACCUGUCUGUCAGAAAAAGAGUGACGAAAAGAUACAGCAGAGUCCCUUCAAGGAAAGUAACAGAGACAGUACGAAAGUAAAGCCAUAUAAAUUGAUUUCCAGACUUAGGCGGCACAGUACCAGCGAGUUCGUUGAAAAGGAAAAUAAUUACGUUUAGAGCGGAGCGAAGAUCUAAACAAUCGUCAUAAGGAAUUCAGUUUUUUUUUCAUUUUUUAUAUUUGUGAUAUAUUUGUACAUUUUAUAAUAAAAUAUGCAAUUAUUAAAAUUUGCGCGAAAUGUGCCAUUAGAAUGCAA